AUGGUAGGAGAAGGCCUAGUUCUAGCAGAAAUAAUAUGAUUAACCGGGUAAUAGGAGAGCUUAUCAUCUAUGUUGAGGUAUUUUACAUGUACUCACAUCAAUAAUAUUCAGAUAAAAGCUACGGAUCUUCGUUUCUUGCCGUAAAUUUUGGUCUUUUAUACGUUACAAUAACUCAGGGUAAAUAAAAAUAACGUUAGUAAUAGCUAAAAUUAGAAAACAUGGACAUAUUGCAAGUCUUCGCCAAGUCUCCGCCGCCCGUCCCACGGCUUUGUCAGGCAUCGUAGGAACAUCCUAGAACCUAUUCCGGGUAUCCCCUCUCCCUACGCCCCAUACCGAUCGCCCGAACUGCCGUCGACCCGAAAAGCCAAGACACAAAACUUUUGGCAUCUUCCUCGUUAAAAAACAUAAAUUUUUAAAGGACCCCACCAACUACAUUUGAAUCGCAUUUUUACGGCUUGGAGGUGCGCUUCGCCAAACGUUGCGAAGAUCCCGCGAAAAAAACAAAUACAAAAAAUAGUUGAGAAUUUUUCUCGAAAAAUGCAAAACUGAAGAAAGUUCAUGUUUCGAAGGUGCAGAAACAGCUUGUUGAUCAUGUGGAUCCUGCCAACGCCCAUUCCGAUGCUCUUGGGGAAAGGCUGAUGUAAGUUUUUUUGGUUUUCGCUUGGUUGUUCACAUUUAGGUAGGAUUGAACGAACUUGUGCAAUAUUUCGUCUGUUCGUUCGAAAAAAGCACGAGCGCAAUGUUGAGGAGCAGGUAUUAGACUCAAAGUUUGUGUGACGUCCAUUUUCUUGCCUUAUUUGAGCUGCUUUUAUCCAUUUAGCAGUAUUUUAUAUUGUUUUAGUUGGUCUUUUAAUUUCAGAGUUGUUCAAACGUCUGCAACGACCCAUGAAAAAGAGUUCCCUUCAUUGAUCUUGGAAUCAAGAUUCGAGUCAGGGACGUCAUCUGUGUAUGAGGUAAUGUGUUUUUUACUUGUUUGUUUAAAAUUUAGGUACGUGAUUUCUCUGCUUCUAUUCAUUUAGUUUUAGACUGGACUUGACUUCGUGAAUCGAUUGUUACGGAGAUGA